GCGCGCAGAUCUCCCCUGCUGGGGACGGACAGAAGGGGGGAGGAGGAGGAGGAGGAAAGAGACUUCAUCUGCUCUGCAGAAAGAGAGCCCACCUCCUGGCGCUUCAGGGGCGAGAUGUAGGGCUCGGAGGAAAGUCAGCUGAGAUCAUCUACAAAGGCUCUACUUCCUGGUCACCUACCAUCUGAGAAUAUUUGCCACUAUAUGCUCUGCUACAGCAAGCUGAUUCCCAGUUUUAUUGGUUCCCAAAGCCUACACUUGCUUUUGCAUGUCUGUCUUGUUUGCCCGAGAGCUCAAAGAACACUGAACACAAGGGAAGACCAACAGUGGCUGAAUUUGAAACAAGCAAUCAAGCAAAAGGCAAUGAUGCUGUCUGAACAUAGAAUUAGAACUAGAUUUUGAAAGAAAAAUAAUAUCUGUGUGGAAUGACUUAUUUCCUUUACAUGGACACCAUGGCGACGGUUCUCUGGAAGGACGGCUGAGGCACCAGAUCUGCAUUGCUAUUUGAGCUCAACACAUAUCCCUUUUACCUAGGACUCAAAGGACCUGGUAACAGGUGGCAAUUGGUAGAUGUCAAAUGCUGGAUUGUGGGGAAGAAAUGGAUAUUGCAAACUAAAAUGGAAGUAACUUGACAGCUUCAAGCCUAGAAGUUGCAUUAGGAAAGGACAGCUUAAGACUGGAUCACAAGCUUUACUGGGAGAGCAGUAUGCAGGAAGCUGGCUUUCAGGCCACAAAUGCUUUCACAGAGUGCAAAUUCACCUGCACCAGUGGCAAAUGUUUGCAUCUUGGCUCACUGGUCUGUAACCAACAAAAUGAUUGUGGGGACAACAGUGAUGAAGAGAACUGCCUGCUUGUAACAGAGCAUCCACCUCCAAGUAUCUUCAGCUCGGAACUAGAGUUCGUUCAGAUCAUCAUCAUAAUAGUGGUGAUAACUGUUAUGGUAGUAGUGAUCAUCUGCUUGUUGAACCAUUACAAAGUAUCAACACGGUCCUUCAUCAGUCGGCAGAGCCAAAGUAGGAGGCAAGAGGAAUCAUUACAACCAGAAGGGUGUUUGUGGCCUUCAGACAGUUCUUCUACACGACAGGGAGCUUCAGAGAUCAUGUACGCCCCACGGUCCAGAGACAGGUUUACUGCUCCAUCCUUUAUGCAGAGGGAACAUUUCAGUCGCUUCCAGCCAACUUAUCCAUACAUGCAGCAUGAGAUUGACCUGCCUCCUACUAUCUCCCUCUCUGAUGGUGAAGAGCCACCACCAUACCAAGGGCCAUGCACACUGCAGCUUCGGGACCCAGAACAACAGAUGGAACUCAACCGAGAAUCUGUCAGGGCACCACCCAAUAGGACUAUAUUUGACAGCGACUUGAUAGACAUUUCAAUGUACAAUGGGGGCCCUUGCCCACCAAGCAGCAAUUCGGGCAUAAGUGCAACUAAUUAUAGUAGUAAUGGAAGGAUGGAAGGACCACCCCCGACUUACAGUGAGGUCAUGGGGCAUUACCCUGGUUCCUCUUUUUUCCAUCACCAGCAAAGCAAUGCACCUCCUUCAUCACAGAGGGGAAGCAGACUUCAGUUUCAGCAGAACAAUUCAGAGAGCACAAUAGUCCCCGUUAAAGGCAAAGACAGGAAACCAGGAAACCUUGUCUAGGUUUCUUUUCCAUGUGCACUUGAAGAGAGACGGGAGAAUCAAGUGGGAGCAUGAUGGAAGUUUUAGUGCUCCUGUGCACAAUAUUGUUAAAUUUCAUGUGAUACAGUUUAGUAAAACCAAACGUGCAAAACUGAUUUUAGUUUCUGAUUCCUGUCAGGGGAAUUGCAUGAAAAGUCAUUUGAAAUAAUUACAACCUUCCAUUCAGUUUGGCCACAAACAGUGUUUUUGGGAAAAUAUAUUUUUUUUAUAAACUAUUUGAAUUAUUUAAUUCUAAGAGAUAACUUAGCACAGAAAUACGGCUUAUACAGUCUGUUUUAUAUUAAGUGAAUGGCUAAAAGAAGAAGAGAAAGGGUUACUAGGUAAAUGGGGGCAAAAUUGGCCAGUUUGCUUUCCCCGCCCCAUCCGUAAGUGUGGAAUUUUUUAUAUGACUCAGCAUUUCUGUUUUGUGUGCCAAGGUAUAAAGUUUAAAAAAAAACACAAAAAACUAGAUGAAUACAAGGAGUUAAUUUGUGUUGUGAUACACGUGUGUUAAAUUUGCACUAUCUUUUAAUGUUUUAAAAAUAUAUAUAUGAGGGAACUGUUUAACAUGAAGUUCUUCUACUUGUUGUCUUUUCACCUGUGGAAUGACGAUUCCCAAACUACUCACAUCAGGACUUUCCCCAGCCCUCUAUUAAUAAUCAUCAGUAUAAGAUUAUUGAUCUUAAUCUAAUCUCUACUAUUUUACAUUUUAAAAAGUAAAUGACAGAGGACUUUUUAACAUGUUACCUUUGCAAUAAUUUGCAUUCAGCUAGCAGUGUGGCAAGGUAUAUUAGAGACUUAUGGCUGGAAGAAAGGAAAUGUGAAAUUACGGAAGUCACCUCUUUCAGGUGGUUUUAGCUAUAAGCCGUUUAUUUAAGUAGAAGCAGAUGGAAAUGCCUGACACAUUUACUUUUUUGUAAUUAUAACAGACUCUUACUGCUUGUUUCCUUUCCCUUUUUUAAUGAUGCCAUGUCAGCAGAUUUUUAUCUCCACUGUAGCCCAUAAUAUAUUCAGUUACAUAACAUGAUAUCCUACAAUAAAUGGUAUUAAAAUGCAAGGUGGAUUUUUCCUGUUAAAUCACACUUCUGCUGUGCUUUUUAUGUAACUGUUUGUCCACCUCACUCCAAUGGAUGGACCUCUCUCCAAGGCCUCUUUUCAUCUUAUGCCAUUUCUUCAACUGAGUAGACUUUGCUAACGGUCUAUGGAGCCUGUACCAUUAGAUGGCUACUGGGAAUUGUUUCCAAAAAGCUGAUGAGUUUGUAUAAUUGACCUAGCCUCAUCUUUAUGCAUUGACAUGAAUUGGUUAUUAUCAGAACCUGCAAGCCGCCAUGUAAAUGUUUGAGGAUCAGGAACUUCCUUACUUCAUUCUGGUUUGCCUUUAGGCUAUGAUUUCCACAUGUUGUAAUUUCAGAAAAUCCCAGUGAAUUUGUUCCGUAGUAUGGCAUUUGGGGUUUAUUGGCCAUUAACUUCUGUGCUCGCUAUCUGUAUUGCAGCUAAUGCAAACAUUGGAAGGCAAUUUGAAGGAGAGUGGUUGUGAAAUCAAGAACACACACGAAGCACAACAGGCACCUAAAAUGCAGUUAGCAAAUGGACUUCAAAAGAAAGCAGCAAAUCUCUAGAGUCUUAAUUUUGAUACACCAGAGAGUUGUUGUUGCAUAAUAGAGAUUUCCUUUAGAAGAAGUCUCCCUUUUCUAUGGUCUUAAGCAUAGCAUUUUGCUAUUCAAAACAGUAACAAGUGCACCAACUAUAGAAAUGUAUUGUACUGUAGCCCUUGUUCUGUUUGCUGAAGCUUGGAGUUCUGUAGGACUUCCACAUGCUAAUGUAAUUUAGACUGAGGCCUGAUUACUGAACUGAAUCUCUGAUCUAUGCAGAGUUUUAAUGCCAAAACAGCAUGUGUGGUGUGUUUUGCUUUCUUUGUCCUUUUGUAAAGAUUCUUUCAUAAGCCUAGCGUGGCUCAUAAACUCAACUAUGAGCUUGAGGAACACUUAUAUAAUAACUGUAUUCUAAAAACAAGGAUUUUGUUUAUAGCUGGGCAGAACUCAUUUGUAUGUUGUCCUGAACUAGCUCCAGUUUACAAGCUGCUCUCUUGACUUAUGUAGUAUUCCCCUGUGCUGUCUUUCAUAUCUUUUGUUUGUCAUGUAUCUGUAAAUAUCUCAUGAUAGCUUUAAUUCUGUGAAUUGGCUAUCUCAGCUCAGCUAUCACAAGUUUUUCUAUCUUACGCACACUGUACCUUUCAAUGAAGGGAAGCGUAUCCAGUUAAUUUGAUAGUGUCCAUUAAAUAAUACCCGCAGGAUCUGUAUUAUGGUGAGAGAAAACUAUAGGGCAUUCUCCAAUGCCUGCCUCAUUUGAUUUUUCUGAGAGGAACAUCUCUGAAUUAAACAGUCAGAGAUGGAAUGUGUUCUUAAAUUGCAUUUUGGGCGUGAAUGAAUUCAGUUGAGUGGCUGUAAUGCCUCCAACUGAUGUUGAAUAAGUUUGUGUCUGUAGAAAGAGUCCCCUGUUGUAUCAAUUGGCAACUAUUCAAACUCCAAGGCCUUUGAACUGAAGCAGUAAGUAAUUGGAUCUUCUGAUCAAACUAGGUACUCCCAAAUCAGCAGUAGAUAUUUUAUCACUUUGAAUUCAAGUUUUUCCCAUGAAAAUUCUAUCUCCCCAAAGGUUGUGUGCUCCCCUUUAAGCCAACCCUUGAAUCUGUUGAUUUCCCACUGACUGGCACACCUAUUUUGUUUUCCAGUCCCCCCCCUUUUAUUCAAGGGAUUCUAUUUGGUUCUUUUAUUUUGGGAAACUCCAGACUGUUUAUGCAUUAGCAGUGACGCUUCUGUGUACAUGCACGAGCAGCCGUUUGUCUUCUGCAUCUAAGCUUUAUAAAUGCUGCACGUGUGCACCCUCUUCAUUCCCCUCCCUUUUCAUUUACACCUGUAUUCUCUCCAGCAUAACUCUUAAAUAGUACCCUCCUAUGCCUUACUGGAAAUUUUUUGGUCUUUCAAACUUCCAAGUAUUACGAGAUUUAUUCUCCCUGCUGUCAUUUUCUCAUCUUCCAGAAACUGUUGGUGGUUACAGCAUCUCAUCUCAGAUUUUGCCUGAUAACAAAAGUUUGCUAGGAUGAGCAUGGAUUGAACUAGAAAAGACUUCAUUUGCAAGUGCUCCUUUAUACGUUCUUUGUAGGGACCCCAGUAACUAUUUUAUGUGGCAGAUAUUUUUAAGGUUAGGGAUUAGUUGUGGAAUGGUUUAAUUCAAGACUAUUUUUUUUUCUCCAUGGGAAUUCCUGCAGUGAUAUGGGAUGUUAUUUUCCUUUCUCUCAUUUAUACAGUGAAAAUACCAUAUUUAUCUGAAAGGAAGAUGACUGUGAAUCUAAAACACACACACACCAAGGUUAUAUACACAACUUUUAAAUUAUUGCACUUACAUUUUUUAUUAUCAGUUUUAUUAUCAGUGAGCCAGUUUGGUGUAGUGGUUAAGAGUGCGGGACAGCGCAGGACUCUAAUCUGGAGAACCGGGUUUGAGUCCUCACUUCUCCACUUGAAGCUAGCUGGGUGACCUUGGGUCCUUGAAAGAGGUCUCUCUCAGCCCCACUCACCUCACAGGGUGUUUUGUUGAGGGAAAAUAAUAACAUACUUUGUAAGCUGCUCAGAGUGGGCAUUAAGUUGUCCUGAAGGGUGGGAUAUAAAUUGAAUGUUAUUAUUAUAUUAUCAUAGCUAUCGGUAACGUGUAACGUGUACCGAUACCGAUUUAAGACUACUCACCUUUUUCUUGAAGGCACAAUCUAGGGGGGGGAAAUGAAUUUUCUUUUCAGAUAAAUAGGGUACCAUGAAUGAGUUUGGAUAAGUAAUUUGUUUUUAGGAUCCAGAUGCUGUGAAAAUUUUAAUUUCUAUGGUUAGCAAUACAGAGUGGGCAAAGGUUUGCUUAGAUAACAAGGGAUAUGUAAUAAACCCUUUCUGCUUACAUCAUUGGUCAAGUAUGAGCCCAUUUGUUUUAUAGGAAAAGACUCUGUAAGCCACCCUCUGAAAAACUAGUAGGCCAGUAAAUAUUUUAUGGACUAGUAACUGCUACCUACGCGUAUGAUUUCAAACCAGAUAUUAGGAGUAUGCUAGCUUUGAAGAUGAUUCGUUACCAUCUUUCCACUUGUAUGUGAAGUUUUAAGUCCUCAGAACUUUAAUAUUCUAGUGAAUAACAUCUAAAGGAAAUAUUUUGUACUUUUUUAUCUGUCAGGCUUCUUUCAAUUAGGGUUGUACAUGUUGCACAAGCCAGGAACAUCUUUUCUUAGCUCUGCACAAAAUAACAGUAUUUUCUAUGUUGUUCUAUGUGUUUUUUAAAGAUUGGACUCUGAAAUUAGUUAUCUCAGUGAUUCAUUGCUUACAGAGAGAAUACACUAGUAGUAAUAAUUUUAAAAUGAUGAAGUAUGGAAAAUUACUGUUGAGCUAAUCUGAAGGCCCUCUUUUCAAGGAAGGUAAAUACGGUAGAAUUGUACUGUGUUUCUAAGUGAGAACUGUAAAAGAAGUUCAGCUCCAUCUUCAAAGCUUUCACAGUGCAAAAUGGAGACCUGUGAUGAAAAUGGCUUACAGAGUAAUUUAGGAAAUUAACUUUAUACAGUGUUAAGUCACACAAUUACAGUGGAGUCUUAAAUAGAGAUAUACCCUUCUAAGUCUAUUCAAGUCAAUGGGCAGUAUGUAACUCUGUUUAGGAUAACACUGUUAGAGUCCUAAUUCCCCCUUUUCAAAACUGUCCAGCUUUACAAGUUGGUUUCAGUUACAGUUACUUACUUUGUCAUGUAUAUAUAUUAGAUGUCAAAAGGUUACGUGAGUGAGUGCUAUGAGUGAAAUGAGAUCCCAUAAGAUCCUUCUCCCAUCUGCCUUGUGUGCUAUGAUUACAUGCCCCAUUUUGGGGAGCUCUCAGAGUUGUAUACUUGGGAAGAAUGUAGAGUGUUGGCUGAGGGCAGUUUUUGAGAAAUGAAUGGAUUUGAGUACCUUUCCUAAUCUCCAUCCAUAUACAUCAUCUUUCCAGAGACGCACUGUAUUUUAAGUAGCUAGCAAUUCAAAAGGCCAUUCUCUCUCUUUCUCUCUGUCUCUGUCUCUCUCUGUGCAUCCGCGUGCGCAUACAUGCAUGUGCAGUGUGAGGGGAGACUAACAUUGGAAACUUAAGGACCAAACUAGACAUGAUGGCAACCUUGUGUCUGCCAUGAGGAUACUCUCACUGCCAUUUUAAAGCUUAAAAUGGGUAAUAUUAAAAUGCUAUGAGGGCCUGAUCCUGAUCAGGUCCACAGCAUGGCAGGAUGAGGACUUCUUGUGUAUCCCCCAUCCCUCACCUUUUCAAGUGCCAAAAUGGUCCCUUCUGCAACAUUUUUACAUCAUCCGUUUUGGGCUUUAAAAUGGUAGCAGCAUCCCCAGGGCUGACAUGAGGACACUGUCACAUCUAGUUUGGCUUUAAGACCACUGACAAAGUGUAACUUGGUUUAGGAUUGCACUGUAAACAGUAAACAUUUUUAACAAUGGGUAGGAUCCUAUCAGCUUUUUCCACUGGCACAAGAAAGAAAAGUCGUGAGUUUUCUCCUUGUUCUUACGCCCAUUCCAAAUAGCUUUUUGUCUAUGCAGAUUUCACAAUCCCUGACAAAACCUUUUUUCAGACAAAAGUAGCCCCUUCUAUCUCCUACACCAGUGAAGAAGCUGGUAGGAUCCAAUCCCAUGAUUAAAAAAAAUAUCUGGUAAUUGUGUCUUCAUCUCUUCUAUCCCUAGAUUUAUAAAAACUCGAUAUUGAGGUAAGGUCCAAUUAGUUGUUAGUUGGUAAUAGCUCUUCUAGAUUUAAAAGCAUACCUUUAUUGUGUGAUAUUUUAAAGUUUUUUUUAAAAAGUGGAAUAAAUAGCAUAGACAGGAAGGUUAUUUUGUACCCUGUUCAUCCUCGUCAUGGUUUUGUGAAUGUGUCAUUUCAUGACAUAAUAGGAAAAAACCAAUUGGCAUUCCCUGCGGGGGGUGGGGUCUGAAAAUUUGUACACAAAACACUGAAUUUCUAUAGCGAGGACGAAGGAUGAAAACUAUGCACGUUUACUUACCUUCCCUUUGAUUCAUCUGCAUUAUUUUUUCUUUGCAGCAUUUGAAAAUUGUUUUAAAUUUCAUUAAAGGAAAGAGAGAUUUUGAAUACAGUGUGUAUGAAAAAUGUCAAUGAGUAGGAUGGUUAUUGUGAAGGGUGUAAGGAUAGUUCCAGAUGGGGUGAGGAGAGGAGAUUUAUAUGUUAGGAGCAGAUCACUCAUCACGCUUAACAACCGCAAACCUGUCCUUGGUCUGAUCCCUGCUAUUUUAAAUGGCAACCAAAGAUCCUGAGUAUCUGCACAGGUGAUGCAUUCCAUAUUAAUUGCAAAAUGCCCAUGCUAGUUGGUACCUCUUCCUUAAGAUUGGGUUGGAUGCAACCUGCUUCUCUGCUGGUGAAAAAGGGAGUAGGGGGUUUCUACCAUGUUGGGAAUCAUGGGACCUGCAUCCCAAAAGCCGUGUGAGAUAGGAAUUGUAGUAAAGAGAGGGAAUAAGUGAUGAGGAGUGAAAAAGCAGUUUGAAUCCGCCGCUUAGAGUUUGACUGUGGAAAGCUGCCAUCAGAAACAGCUUGCAUCUUUGGGUGGGUGAAGUUGUCUUAUUCCCUGACAGCUCCAUCCUCUGUUUUCAAAAUGUAAACUCCUUUUACACUUUCAUAUAGUCAUGAGAGCUAGAAAAUUGGGCCUCGGAUCCAUAGGAGACAACAUUCUUUUCUGCACUUACCAGCAUGAUCGUGGCCAUGCAGACUUCUAGACCUCUGCUACUCUGAAUGUGCUUUGUUAUCACACUGUUAUUUAUUCUUUGUCCACCUUGUUGAUGUACUAUGUAGUACACAGAAACAAACUUUCAUAAUUGCCUUUCAUUUCUGUUUAUCCCUCUGUACACUAAAGCAGAAAGCCACUUUUUUCAUAUUUCUUAAUCUUCCAUAGCUGAAGCAUGUUCUUAUGGUCCAAAUUCUAAUCUAAAAGAACUAUUGGUGAUGGGUUUUUUUCUUUGAAAAGAAAAUGCAAAAAUGAGAAUUCCAGAACCAGCCACUGUGCUAACUUAGCUUCCCAUUUAUGAGUUGAUGUAUUGUGUUUUGCUUUGUACUGUUACUGAGAAGUUAGAUAGCCUAAUUCUUGAGGAACAAAAACGUAUUGUUUUGUUGGGGGUGGUGGUUUGGUCUUAUUCAAGGGACAGUUGUAAAAACAAAUCCUGCUAUUUUAUAUAAGCAUUGUGGAGCAGAAUAAGGGUGAGCGGAGACUCCUUGAAACAUUGCCAUUAAAAAUAUCCAAACAUUGCUCUCUCAGAAUUAUGUGCCAUGCACAAAAAUACUUUGAGGUGUGUUCUAAUGUACUUGUUCCACAAGAUAAUCCAGUAUAGCCAAUGGAAUUUUUAUCUCAUGCUUCAAUAUGAUGUACACUUGUGUAGCCACAUUUAUUGCCUAAUCUACUCAAAUUUUGAUGAUUUUUUUUUCUAACACAGAUAAUUCAAUGAUUUAUUGGCUGGUGUAAGCCAAACCAACUAAUAAUACUUCUUUAUUCCUAGAUAUGAGGUCAUUCUGCGUCCGAGAAUGAAGCAGGUAUUUGGUUCAUUGGAUACCUGGGAAAUUUAAAUUAUUUUCCCUUUAAAUGUAUCUGCAGCUUCUUACCUAGUUCCUGCUAUCCUUCCUUAUGUUAAGGAUACAAGAGUGCAACACCUCUGUUGUUGUUUGAGGUGUCCAAGGCUCCUUUCUAUUGAUACAAGUAAAGCAGUAUGCCUUUGAACCUUCAGAAGCAAGCUGCCUCAAACAGGCUGCCAUGAGACCUACCAGGCACACUCAUCUGUCUGUGAAUGUAGUUUGGCUUAUGUUUGCUAUAGAUUAUCCUUAGUCUUCUAUUCAUUGAUAAAACUCCAACACGCCUUUCUUGCUGCUUGCCAUUGCAUGCUCAUUAAUGCAUCCUCUUAAAUCUGUGAUUGGUCCCCAGAUCAUAAGUACAGCAAACGGGGCUGUUUUUUCCCUCACUCUACAAAGGGCACUUUCUCCAGUUACACGCUGGUAGAAUCCCUGGGGCAAGCAGUAGAAAGGCUUAAGGUGUUACCUUGUGCCUAGAUUUGAGGAGUCAGUGUGAAGAUGUCAUAUGAUACUUGGUACAGGGUAAGGCAGGGCACGAGGUGAGGGCUUGUUUUCUUGAUUUUGGAAAGCAAUCUGUCAUGGUAUCUGAGCGUUCUCUUCCUGAAUAGUAUAAUAGCAUUGCUUUUGCUAUAAAUCUUCCUAAACAGACAGUUCAUUCCAGUGUUUUAUUUGAAUAGUAGGCUAUGGAUAAGUUCAUGCAUAUAUUAGUGAAGUAGUAAAUGUAGUUCUCAAUAACCUGAAUGUGUGUGGUCCUGCUAGUUUUGGUCACAGUGUCUGUGUUGCCACAGAUCUCUGCCUUUCACUAUAUUAGGCAAAUACUCCCUGAAUGGGGACAAAGUUAGCAAAUUGCUUCCAGAACUUCCAAGCCGCCAUGUGGCAGAAACACGGCUUGUGAGGUUGUUUCCCCACAAACACAGAGAUUAUUAGGCUCCCAUGGCAUCACUAUAUACCAGGGCAGGGAGGGCAACACAGAAAGGUAUAAUGCAGUGUGCAGGCACAAGCAUGGCAUACAGAAAGCCAUAGGUUCAAACCUUAAAUGGGGCUAGGAAGACCAGAAACAAGUCCCAGGUACAGCCGAGAUUUUGCCGUAUCUCACAGUAAUGUGGGAUGGGCAACUCAUGCUGAUAAGCUUCCAAGCUCCCAUGCAUUGUUCCCUUGCUUUACCAAGGGGAUCAAUCCUGCCACCCGCUCCCACCCACUCCAGCAACCAUUGUGCACCCUCAGCACCACUGUGCACCUCACCACCUGCAAGUUGCAUGGAUAAGCAGAUACCAGCAAUGAUCAGGGGUGAGUGUGCAGCUUGGGGACCAUUCCCCUCCCUUGCUGCAAGAGCUUACCAGCACACCUAUUGGGCCAGCCCCUCAGCCUCCUCCAAGUGAGAGCUGCAUGCUGAAAACAGCUUAGGGCAAGAACCAAGCCUUUUCUCUUGAACCCCUGUCAACAUGCAGUGCCCCUUUCAGCCAAAAUAGCUGAAUUUGUGUGGUUGUUAAGGCUUAAAUUUUGGAUUGCCCCUGUAGCUUAAAUUGAGAUGUGUCAGCAGUAGUAAGAUAACAAUGACAGUUAAGCUGUAUUCUUAGGACAUGUCCAUAGAGGGGUGGGACCGUAGCUCAGUGGAGGAGUGCCUUUUUUUGCAUGGAGAAGGUCCUGGGUUCAGUCCCUGGAAGCCCCAGUUAAAGGAUCAGGUAGCAGACUGGUAUCAGCUCUUUCUCUGCCUAGAGAUCUGUUGCCUACUGGAGCAGAGAGUUCUUACCUGGAUGGUCUUGGGUAUAAAGCAUUCACAGAAACUUUCACUGGCUCUUGGUACACUGAAACAGUUCCCCACCCCUCAAUGUUGUACUUUUAAAAGUACUGUAAGAAUCAUCUGCCUUCUGAAGAAAUGCAUAUUUUUGGCACUGACCUAACUGGUCAUGUAACCAUAAUGUAGUGAUUCAUUGACUGCUGAUGUUAUGCCUGUGUAAGGGGAUGGUCGAUUGCCCUUUAACAUGAAUGUUGAAAAUAUUGACAUUGUGCAAUCCUUUACCUUCUCUUCACCAUCAAUACAAAAUGUUAAAUCUACAAAUAGGAUGCUCUAAUACUUUACUUAAAUCCUUUUAUUUCUGUUUCUUGUAUUUGAAAAGCAAAAUGGGAAAUCUCUAUAACCCUGCAAUGCUAUGACAUUGGUUUUUGGGGAUGGGGUUGGAGGAAAGAGUCUUUAACCUUUGUUUCAUUCUCAUCAAGUAGAUUUUUUAAUGACGCUGACCACUCUCUUUUGGCUGCAGUUCUUUGCUUGCUUGUUUGGAAACAAGUUCCAUUGGAAAUCAGUGGUUUAAGAUUGUGUAGGAGUGAGAUAUUAGUGGCUAUAUUGCUGCUUCUCCAAAAGAAUAUGGUGUGUGUGUGAGGUUCUUGUUAGUGACUGCAUUAUUCUUUUGUCUCUUUCUGUCUUCUCAUUCUUUUCCACAGUUGGUGUUAGAAACAACUAAGGUGCCUCAUGUCCACGUCUUUGGCAGAUAAGAACUUCACCCCCUGUAGACUCUGGCCUUGGUCCUUAAAAACCCAUCAAAGUCAGUGGAAAGACUCCCACUGACUUGAAUGGUUCUUGGAAUCAGGCCUUAUGCUCCCACCCUUGUUGUGCCUCACUUAAAAUGGUGCUUUUUUUGUUGUCUGUACCUUCUGUUUUUGAUUUGUAAGGUGCUGUAUAUAACUUAAUAUAUUAUGCACAUAUCCUACCCAGUGGGUAGAACAGAUACAAAACUGUUGUUAAUAAUGUAACAUAAUGUAUAGAGGAUAGCUGUUUUGACACAAGUGGCAUAGAACUUGUGAAUGCCUACUUGCGUGCUUUGUCCUUCUUUUGUAACAAUUUGCAAAGAAUACAUACAAAUGGCACAUCUAUGUAUUUUAUUUUCCUAUGAAAUCUCAAUAUACUAUAAGGUGGGGAAAAGAAAGCUUGAACAAACCACUUUUGAUUAGUCCAUUGAUCACAACUGGUUGUCUGAUGCAUUUUCGCUGUGAGGAAUCCUCUGUGUGUGUUUUAAAGAUAAAAAAAAUCACUGCUUUAACUUUGCUGCUUUUUUUAUCUGUCGCUUUAUUGUUACAAAAUUGGACCAGUAUUGGCCACUUUACCCUUCAACUGUUUAUUAUUAUUCAUGUCAACUUAGAGGUGGCCCAAAUUCCUACAACCUAUAUAUUUGAAUACUAACACUUUAAAUAAGAUUUGGUUGAAGUGGAGCUCACUUCCAAGCUCACCCAUAUGAAAUGCAUCCAUAUGCCUGACUCUCCUUUUUGGCUAGUCACAGUGCAAACAAUGGCAAAUGCGGGACAAUUUUGAGCUGUGCAUCACCUCAGAACAAUUUUGUACAUACUGGCUUCAUGCACUUUUGGUCUAGUUCACAAGCAUAGCUGUCUGAAUGGCUCUUCUAAACUCCUUCCUAUUAUCUGUGUGAUUAAAGUGGUCUUUCUUUAGCAACAAGGUCCUUGAUACCCAUCAUAGAUUGAUCUUUGUACUGUUUGAAGUUAUAGUGACUUUUGAAAGAUGCAGGCUACAGUUUUUCAAGCUGUCCAUCCCCCAAGAUCUCCUUUUCCUGGCCAAGGAAAGCUGGUAGAAAAGACCUUAAGUACUGCAAAGGUUUAAUGAGAAACUCAAUAUAAUAUUUAGCUUUGGGGACUCUCUUAAUUUUAUAAGGGGGCUAAGUUGCUUGCUGAAACAGAUGAGGAAAGAAAAUAGCCUUCUGUGUGGCAGGUGCUGUGCGCAGCAAGGUUGUCUUGGCAAUACAAGUUCACCAUCUGUCCACACUGUGCCCUGCUUCUAGAGCUUAGACUUGUUAGGCAAAACAUAUACCUCAGAAAAAUAGGGCAAGUUUUUAAGUGUAGAAGCUAAAUAAAUACUGUAACACAAUUAUUUUAGCGCUCAUUCCGUGGUGAAUUCACAAUCAGACUCAGAGCAGGAAACUCUUUUGCAGGACUGAAUGAUACGUUGGCUGUAAUUUGCUUACGUUUCUCCCACCUUGAGUUGAUAACAGGGACUUCUGCAGGCUGCAGCCAAUGUGACUAUUCUCAUCAGCCUCUCCUCUCCCCGACUCCUGCAACCCUGUGGCACAAAUUAAUGGCUGGCUACUCCAGAUUCACUAAUGAAAAAGCUUGCCAAUGUUGUCAAGAGUAUUCUUGGUUCGACUCUUAAUAGUUUAUCUUAUAAUUUCCUCAAAUGACCUUCAGUUUAGUAUGUUAAUAUCUUUCUAAGAAAUACCUACUUAUAUCCUGUACCAGGAUAAUAAUAGCAUCUAACCCACCCACCCCAGUAUUGUGGUAUUUGGGCCUUUGCAUAUCCUUAUAGAUUCAUUGUUCUAGUUCCAUCUCCCCACUCAAGCAAUGGUAUUUAGAUAGUCUGAUAGUUGAUCUCUACCAUUUAUUAGCAUUGUUUGUUAAUCUGGUUGGGGCACAGCAUAUUAGAGUAUUCAAAAUUAUGCUCCGCUGACUACUUCUGUAUUUGCACUGUAUGGUGAUGAUGUAUUCUGGAGGAGAAGAAAUCUAGAAUGUUAGUGAACUCGUGUGUGUGUGUGGUGGUGGGGAGGUGAUAUCUAGCAUGUGAGUUGCUAAUUGCAAUAACAAAUGUAACAUACCCAGUGGACCAAACAAGAUGCUGCCUCAUUUUAAAAAAAUCAUUCUACUUUGAAGCUGCAGCAAUGAAAGGUAUAACAGAACCUCAAAAGUAGACAUAGAGCUCUGUAUGCACAUUCUUCCAUUUGUUAGAAGACAUCUUAAACUUCAGAACAAACUUUAAAAAAAAACUUUCAUCAGCAAUGAAGAGCGCUCUAGGCAUGUUCUUAGACGACAAAAAAAUAUAAUAAAACAUUAAAACAAAAAUAAAAAGAAACAAAUCCAGGUCAUUAUUGCCUUGUUUGCAGUUUACAUUGCCAGAAAAAUGGAUAUUUCUGUAGUUUCGUAGAUAAUUUACAUGCAGAGAAUUCUCAGAUGGUCUAUAUACAAACUUGGUUACUAGUUACUGAAUUUAUCAUUGAAUUCAUGCCUGCUUCCACUACUUUGACCGGUUUUUAUCGUUUAGUGUUAAUUUUUCAGCAUAUGAUGCAUAUUAUUCAGUAAGAUUUGUCACUUUCCACACUGGGUCAUAUGUCCUGAUGGUCUAUGUCUCUGAUUCAUUUGUUUAUUUUGUUUCAAGUAACUAAAAAAAGCACUAUCCACAAUAUUUAACCUUUUCAUUUAAUUUUGUUUGUUUUUAACCUAGCGGCUGGUAUAAUGCCAUGGCUAAGCGAAGGAACUUUGAUCUGGGAGAUCCCCAGUUCAAAUCUCGCCUCCUCCAUGAUGAACUUACUAGACGGUCUUAGGAAAGUCAUUUUUUUCUUGGCCUCCAUCUUCAAUAUGGGGAUAAUAAUACUGGCCUACCUUACAGGGCUGUUGUAAGGAUUACAAAGUAAUGUAUGUGAAGCGCUUUGAGCACUGAAAGCGCUAUAUAAAUGCUAAGUACUAUUAUUAUUAUUAUUAUUAUUAUUAUUAUUAUUUGAAAGUAAAAAGGAAAAAAUCAUGUUUUAUUGGAACUUCUUGAUAGCAGUUCAUGUGAAGCUACAAUGAACCUAGCUUGCUUUAAGCAAUGUUUUGUUCCCUUUUAACCUAAUAAAUUUGCUGCUUAAUUUUUAAUGUAACUUCCGGUUAUAUGCAGAAAUUUUUUUCAAGAGUUGUGUAUCUGCCUCCUUUUAACUGAGCAAAUGGUGAUGUUCUAGUUUUUAGACCUAAGGUCUGUUAUUGCAAUACUUUUAAAGGAAAAUGUUGCUCUAAGUGCUGUUGUUAGUUAAAUACAGAUUUUAUGCUUGUUCUUAAGAAGCUGUGGUCAAACCACAUAACAAAACUAUUAAAAACUGAGAAAUUGA